CCUACACAGUCGACAUGGCCAAGUCCAAAUGCUCCAAGCGCAAGCGCAAUGCGCAAGCCAAUCUACCACAGAAACUGACCAAGGUCGCUCCUCCCGCCGAUGUCACAACGCUCGACCCCACGCACCUCAACACCAUCGUCGCCGACGAGGAGCUUGAUAUCACCAUCGAGACGCUCGCUGCCCUCACGCAACACCCUGGCUUGACCAAGUCCAAAGCAUGCAAGGACCUCCGAGUCGCCGUGUAUGACUUCCGACAGGCCUGUACGACAGGCGCCAACGCAGCCGAGGGCGCCAACUUGACCGCCCGAAUCACCGGCGCCCUGGCCGACGAACAAUACAUCGACGCGAAGAUCCUGCUCGCCGAGCUGAGGAUCCGAGGGGAACAGCCCAAGAUUGGAGCCCUGUGUCGCUGGGUCCGUGAUUUGGACGUGGUCAGCGGUCUCGCGAAGCAGCCCAACGCAGUCCAGGCUCCUCCGCCGCGCAGCGAACGAGACCUGCAACUCCUCAGCGUCCUCGAUGCCAUCCUUCGCGUCAGCACCCCGAUUGAUACAAACCCAAAUGCCAUCGACUCGCCCUCCUCGCCCAUCGCCUUCCAGCCGACAUGGGACCUCCGUCCCUCGACGGCACCGCUUCCCGUCUACGCCUCCGUCCUCGACAAGUCCAUCAUGACCCACGCCCCCAAGUCUCCCUCCGCCCUGCGCAUCAUCGAAGAAACCCCCGGUCCCCUCCGUAAACCGCCGAAUCACCACCCUGCCAUCCUAUAUACCACCGCCGAGAACGCCGUCCCCCUGGCCGCCACUGGCCCCUCCGCAACCUACAACCCCCAUCCCGCAGUCCCCGGUCUCGGCCUCGCCACGAACAUCCUGUCCACAGACGAGUGCCAGGCCAUCAUUGCUGCCGGCGAAUCCGUCAACUUCCUCCCCGACGCACCCUUCCGCGGAGACGGCGACAUGAGCAUCCUCGCGCACAACUUCUACUGGGUCGUCGACAUGGCGUUCCACGACCUGCUCUGGUCGCGCAUCGCCCCUCACGUGCCGCAAACGAUCAACGGCCGUCGAGCCCGCGGCCUCAACCGCCGCUUCCGCGUCUACCGAUACGUCCCUGGCGCCGAGUACAGAUGCCAUAUUGACGGCGCCUGGCCGCCGUCUGGCAUUCUCCCGGACGACACGUACGUGUACGACGCCUCGCCCGAAGACAACAAGCAGAGCUCCAUGUAUACCUUCUUGCUGUAUCUCAACGACGAGUUCGAGGGCGGCGAGACCACGUUCUUCAUUCCCGGUGUUCGGGAAGGCGUGCUCAACGCGUACCCCCUGCGGCCGGUGAUGGGGGCCGUUGCGCUCUUCCCGCACGGAGAGUCCAAUGGGGCGUUGUUGCACGAGGGGACGAGCGUUACGAAGGGCGCCAAGUAUAUCAUCCGGAGUGACGUAGAGUAUGAUAUAAAACCCUCUGAAGAGUAGAUAAGACGACCAAUAGUGUAGGUCUUCGUUUUGGCAUAAAGUUCGAAAACCAUUGUAUAUAAUCGAUCCCCUUCGGGCACAAAAGUGUUACUUACAUGAACGGAGCAAUCAGACUGCACCAUCUUAUCUGUCA